AUGGCGACCGCAGCACUCUCACACAGCAGCGGAAUGCCCGCCAUGGGCGCGCCCCUUUCGACACCGGCGUCUCCUAGCAGCGUCUACAGCUCACGGAAGCCCACGGCCACCACCGCGACCACAGGCACAACCUCCUCCUCCUCUUCCUCCUCCUCCUCCUCCUCCUCCUCUACAUAUCCCCACAAUGACCCCCCAGCAGCAGCAGCACUGGCAGACAAGAAGCAGCCCUCCCCCCCCUCUGCCUCUGCCUCUGCCUCUGCCUCUGCCUCUGCCUCUGCCUCUGCCUCUGCCUCUGCCUCUGCCUCUGCCUCUGCCUCCCCCUCACAUACCACCACAAACCCCACGCAAGGGCCCGCACACCACUACCAGCAGCGCCUGCCCACCUUCCACGGCCGCGUGCAAUCCGUGCAGUCGCUCGACUCCUCGUCCACCCGCGACCUGCAAACGCCCUCGCCCGACCUCGACCUCGACCUCGACCUCCACCGCCGCCGCGAGCUCGACCCGCCCAUACAGCCCCCGCUCGCAUCGCCCAUCACACGCUCGCAGAGCACGCACCACCAGCACGGGCCCAUGCCGCAGCCACAGACCGCCGUCAUCAGCUCGGGCGCGAGCCUGGCCUCGUCGUCCGACUACGAGCUGACCCACCACCAGCAGCAGCAGAGCCCGAUCAGCCCUUCGUCUGGAUCCUCCAGCGGCGGGAGACAGCACUACUAUGGCGGCCAGCACCACCCGAACGGCUCCGGCUACGGCUACGGCUACGCCCAGAACGAGCACCAGUACCGCGAGCGCAACAGCAGCGGGCCCUCGCUGUUCAGGGAGCGCAAUGCCAGUGUCCCACAUAACCACUACUACGCGGAGCGCAACGGCAGCGGCCCGCUCCUCGGCGCCCCCGUCUACCAGGAACGCAAUGCCAGCGGGCCCCUCCUCACCACCACCGGCAGCGGGCAGCCGCAGUACACCCGCCGCAACUCGGCCUCGCCCGUCCUCCACGACGGCGGCAACCGCCACGGCGCCAGCAGCAGCAGCCGGCAUCUGCAGGCCCCCGCGCCGCAGCAGUACCUCGGCGUCUCGCGGCCCUCGUCAAUGUACUCGACGCUCUCGACCGACGGGCGCCUGCGCACGCCCGGCUCCGGAUCGCCGCACCAGCGCGCCGUCAGCAGCAAUUCGUAUGAUAGUAGACUCUCGUCAUACACGGACCUCACGCAGCCGGCGCACCACCAGGCGCCGGCCCCCGUGGCCUCGCUCGACAACUCGCACCUGCGCGGCCAGGUCGGCGUCAAUGCGUCGCUGCUCACGAAUAGGCAGACCCUCGAGAUGUACCGCACGAACGCAAAGAAGUCGCAGGACCCGCGCCUGCAGUACGAGCUGGCCGUGUUCAUGAUCCAGGCCGCGCAGCUGCACGACUCCGCCGCCGCGCCGUCCGCGUCCCCGUCCCCGUCCCCGUCCCCGUCCCCGCGGGGCUCCGGGGGCUCCGCGGGCCCAGACAGCAGCCCCUACGGCGGCGACAACCACGCAUCCAAGAACGAGCUCCUCCGCGAGGCGCGCUCAAUCCUCGAGCGCCUCUCCGGCAAGAUGGCGCAAGCCCAGUACUACCUGGCCGACGCCUACGCCUCGGGCCUGUUCAGCCGCGGCAAGGAAGAGAACGACAAGGCGUUCCCGCUGUUCGUGGCGGCCUCCAAGCACGGGCACGCCGAGGCCGGCUACCGCGCCGCGCUCUGCUACGAGUUCGGCUGGGGCUGCCGCAAGGACCCGGCCAAGUCCGUCCAGUUCUACCGCCAGAGCGCCAGCAAGAACCACCCGGGCGCCAUGACCCGCCUCGGGAUGGCCUGCCUGCGCAGCGACCUGGGCCUGGCCGGCCGCUACAAGGAGGGCGUCAAGUGGCUGAAGCGCGCUACGGACGUGGCCGACGAGCAGUACCCGAACGCGCCGUACGAGCUGGCGUGCAUGCACGAGACGGGGUACGGGGACGACGUGUUCCAGGACGGGGCGUACGCUGCGCAGCUGUUUACGAUGGCGGCCGAGCUGGGCCAUGCGAUGGCGUAUUGGCGCAUGGGCGAUGCGUAUGAGCAUGGGAAGCUGGGGUGCCCGAGGGAUGCGGCGCUGAGUGUGCAUUUCUAUACGGGGGCGGCGCAGAGGGGGCUGCCGGUGGCGAUGAUGGCGCUGUGUGCGUGGUAUCUGGUGGGCGCCGAGCCGGUGCUCGAGAAGAAUGAGGAUGAGGCGUAUCAGUGGGCGCUGAAGGCUUCGGAGUCGGGACUGCCAAAAGCAGAGUACGCAGUCGGAUACUUCACCGAGAUGGGGAUCGGCUGCCGGCGCGACCCGCUCGAGGCCAAUGUAUGGUACGUGAAGGCCGCCGAACACGGCGACCAGCGCGCCGUGGCAAGGCUGAAGGUGAUCCACGAGGCGGCGUCGGGCGGCGGCGGCGUGUCGCCGGCGAAGAAGGGGAAGAAGAAGGAUAAGGGCAAGGACAAGGACAAGGAGAAGGAGAAGGAGAAGGAGAAGCAGAAGGACAAGGACAGGGAGAGGGACAGGGAGAGGCCGAGGGUGCUGGAGAAGAAGCAGCACCAUGAGGGCGAGGAGAAGGAGUGUGUGAUAAUGUGA